AUGAAAGACAAAUCCAAGACGGCGGCAAGAUCAAGAAGAGAAAAAGAAAAUGCAGAGUUCUAUGAACUUGCAAAAUUACUACCUCUCCCAUCGGCUAUUACGAGCCAGUUGGACAAAGCCUCCAUAAUAAGGCUAUGUACCAGUUACCUGAAGAUGAGGAGCGUUUUCCCAGAUGGCCUUGGUGAAGCAUGGGGCCACAGAUCUCCACCAAAGUCUCCAUUAGAAAAGGAACUAGGUUCACAUCUUUUGCAGACGUUAGAUGGUUUUAUAUUUGUGAUAGCACCGGAUGGGAAAAUCAUGUACAUAUCUGAAACAGCUUCCGUCCAUCUUGGAUUGUCACAAGUUGAACUGACUGGUAACAGUGUUUAUGAAUAUAUACACCCUGCAGACCAUGAUGAAAUGACCGCUGUGCUGACACUGGCACCGCCAUACCAAGGACAUUUUGGUCAUGAAUUUGAAGUUGAACGUUCUUUCUUCAUCCGAAUGAAAUGUGUUUUGGCCAAACGAAAUGCUGGUUUAACGUGCGGGGGAUAUAAGGUGAUCCAUUGUAGUGGCUAUUUGAAAGUCAAACAGUUCAAUAUGGAGAUGUCGCCAUACGACAGCUGUUACCAGAAUGUAGGGCUGGUUGCCGUUGGUCAUUCUCUACCACCUAGUGCCAUAACUGAAAUCAAAAUGUUUAACAAUAUGUUCAUGUUUCGUGCAAGCUUAGAUCUCAAACUUAUUUUCCUAGAUGCCAGAGUGGCUGCACUCACUGGCUACGAACCACAAGACCUCAUAGAAAGAACUCUGUAUCAUUACAUUCAUGCAUUUGAUAUUCUUCACAUGAGAAUUGCUCAUCACACAUUAUUAUUGAAGGGACAGGUGACCACUAAGUAUUACAGAUUUUUGUCAAAGAACGGUGGUUGGGUUUGGAUACAGAGCUAUGCUACAAUAGUCCAUAAUAGUCGCUCUUCAAGACCACAUUGUAUAGUCAGUGUCAAUUAUGUUCUUAGUGAUGUUGAAGCAAAAUCUUUACAGAUACAGAUUGAACAAACUAUUAAUAAAGAUAUAUUGCCUAUUGAUGCACUUCAAAACAGGCAAGGUAAAAUGAGGACACCUAAGUCAAGGUCAAGACGAUCAUCCCCAUAUCCUCAUAUUGCAGAAAAUCCAGACUACUCCGGAAUUCCAACUUCCGAUAGAAUCGAGUAUGUCCCGGAUAUCAGUUCUCAGGAAUAUGUUAACUCCAUACAAACUUGUGAAAAUUUUGAUAAAUAUAAUGGACUAUAUGGACCACAAUUUAACAUAAAUUUCAUAUCUGAAAUGUUACCAUAUCAGAACUACCAUCGGUUAGCUGAUGAAAAAUUUCAGUACAAACUUAGUGACCAAAAUAAGUUACAUCAUUUCGGAUAUCAAAAUGGCUACCAACUCAGUAUUAAUGACGUUAGCAGUCCUCGUCUGACUCAUUAUGGUGAAAGUACAGAUACUCCAUCGACCUCUCCUCAUUUUGACUACCGAAAUUUAAAUCCAUGUUCAAGAAGUAGUAGUCGAGAAACGUCUUUCGGAACUGCUCAAGGGUACAGCUGCCCAUAUAGUAAUAGAUCUGAAUCGUCCGUUUCCGAUGUUGAUGUAGUCAACGAAGAAACCGACAAACGAAAUUCAAAUCAUCAAAAUAAAUAUGACAGUAUAUAUGAUUCUCCCCGAGUGAAAGAAGAACAAUUUGGAUCUCCCAAAAAAUCUUUGGAAGUGCAAAACAGAACUUCUCCGCAUAGAGACACAGUACAACAAUCUGUUAUAAUGAGACGAUCUGAUUACUGUGUAGAAUCGGAGAAAACAGAUAUCACUCCACCUACCGGAGACACAAAUCAAAACAAUCAAGAUGCAUCCAAGUGCUCUGGAUCUAAUAGUAGCUGCUAUAUCAAUGACCCAACUUCUUGCAAUAAAUAUGCUGAAAUACGUGCCAUAAAUGACAAAACUCUAAACACACAGGACAUUUAUUCUCACUGUCUAAGGGCUGCAUGUGCUUAUGAUUCUUAUAAUUCAAAUUAUGAACAAUCAUCCUUAGCUUCAAGCCCAAGACAGUAUCCAAUGGUACCUCAAGCCGGAUAUACCAGUGUUAUAGUUGAUGCCCAGCAAUAUAAUAUAACAAACGGUUUUGUACAUUAAAACAUGCACAUUUUGUAAAUGGGAAGACAAUUGAUCUUCGGUGAUUGCAAUCAAUGAAAACCGUUGCAAUAUUUUAUUUGCAGUAUUACAAUAUUUGCGAAGAUAUUCUCUAUUUAUUCUAGAAAAAGAGUCUUAAGGUUAUCAUGUUUCAAAAGUCAAACAAUCCAAAUGGCCGAGCAAAUAUAUUUUCAUAUUUGUUAAUAUUUGUAUUAGUUUUUAUCCGUUCUGUUGGUAAAUGUAUUCUUGUUAACAAUUUCAUGAUCAUUAAAAGACCCGUAUGUAAUGUUUAUUCAUAUUACAAUCGUCCAUGCCAAUGCAAAUAUCUCUAUCAGAUAGGAUACAGCGAGGAAGAUCUUUUAGAAAUGUUCUUCUUACAUGGAUAAUGGUUAGAUUAAAUAAAUAAAAUAAAUCAAAACAUCAACAUUUUUUUUAGAUUUGUCAUUUUGAUAGAAGUUUCAGAAAAAAAAACAUUUACAACGGAUUUUCAAAAAGUGACAAAUCAAGUUUCAACCCUUUCAAUCAAUUUCAAAGAGUCAUUAUUCAUUUAUUCUUCGUAAAUUUCAUUAUUUCUUUUAGCAAUGCAAGAAUAGGAAAAGUACGAUUGUUCGUUUAAUCUCAUACAUACUAAAAUCCGCGUUGAAAGUUAAACGAAUUUUAGAGCUCAACUGUACCCCCAAUACGUAAACUUUUUUGAAAGUUUGCAAAAACACUGCAAUACUAUUAUUUGAAUCAUGUUAACUCUAGUGCAAUUGUACUUACACAGUUAUAUUAUUCACAUUUAUACAGAAUACAAGAUUAUGUGUGAAUUGUCUGUUGUUACUUGUAAAUUGUUAUCAAUAAAUUAUUAAUGUUUGAAGCAGGGAAAUGUGUCAUAUU